AUGGUUUUAACUGAUAAACAGCUUUACGAGAUUAAUAAGAAGGCUGUCACCCAAGGUUUCAAAAUCAAACCUAGAUUGAAUUAUAAUACUGUUAGCGGUGUUAAUGGUCCUUUGGUCAUUUUAGAAAAAGUCAAAUUUCCUCGUUAUAAUGAAAUUGUCAAGUUAACUUUGCCUGAUGGAUCAGUAAGACAGGGUCAAGUAUUGGAAGUCAGAGGUGAUAGAGCCAUUGUCCAAGUUUUCGAAGGUACUUCAGGUAUCGAUGUCAAGAAAACUACCGUGGAAUUCACUGGUGAAAGUUUGAAAAUUCCUGUUUCGGAAGAUACUUUAGGUAGAAUCUUUAAUGGUUCUGGUAACCCAAUCGAUAAUGGUCCAAAGGUCUUUGCUGAAGAUUAUUUGGAUAUUAAUGGUUCUGCCAUCAACCCUUUUGCAAGAAUCUAUCCAGAAGAAAUGAUCUCAACUGGUGUCUCUGCAAUUGAUACCAUGAACUCAAUUGCUCGUGGUCAAAAAAUUCCUAUCUUUUCUGCCUCUGGUUUGCCUCAUAAUGAAAUUGCUGCCCAAAUUUGUAGACAAGCAGGUUUAGUCAGACCAACCAAAGAUGUCCAUGAUGGUCACGAAGAAAAUUUCUCCAUUGUCUUCGCAGCUAUGGGUGUUAACUUGGAAACUGCUAGAUUUUUCAAACAAGAUUUCGAAGAAAAUGGUUCCUUAGAGAGAACCUCGUUAUUCUUAAACUUGGCUAACGACCCUACCAUUGAAAGAAUUAUUACUCCAAGAUUGGCCUUGACCACUGCAGAAUACCUGGCUUAUCAAACCGAAAGACAUGUCUUAACAAUUUUAACAGAUAUGUCUUCUUAUGCUGAUGCUUUGAGAGAAGUCUCUGCAGCAAGAGAAGAAGUCCCAGGUAGAAGAGGUUAUCCAGGUUACAUGUACACAGAUUUGUCUACUAUUUAUGAAAGAGCAGGUAGAGUUGAAGGUCGUAACGGUUCUAUUACUCAAAUUCCAAUUUUAACUAUGCCAAACGAUGAUAUUACACAUCCAAUUCCUGAUUUAACAGGUUAUAUUACUGAAGGUCAAAUUUUCGUUGAUCGUCAAUUACAUAACAAAGGUGUCUAUCCUCCAAUUAAUGUUCUACCAUCACUAAGUAGAUUAAUGAAAUCUGCUAUUGGUGAAGGUAUGACAAGAAAGGAUCACGGUGAUGUUUCCAAUCAAUUGUAUGCUAAAUAUGCUAUUGGUAAAGAUGCAGCAGCUAUGAAGGCCGUUGUUGGUGAAGAUGCAUUGUCGAUGGAAGAUAAAUUAUCAUUAGAAUUUUUAGAAAAAUUCGAAAAAACUUUUAUUUCACAAGGGUCAUAUGAAAAUAGAACUAUUUUUGAGAGUUUAGAUCAAGCAUGGAGUUUGCUAAGAAUAUAUCCAAAGGAAAUGUUGAACAGAAUUUCUCCAAAGAUUUUAGAUGAAUUUUAUGAUAGAGCAAGAGACGAAGAAGAUGAUGAAGAUGACGAAGAUGACGAGCAUAAGAAUGCAGAUGUUCGUAAGGACUAA